AUGGAGACUACCGACGAAGAACAACAACAACAGACGAUAGAAACUAUCGAAUCUUUUGAUGUAGAAUCUUCAUCAGAUGAAGCGUCCAAUACUAAACAAGUACCAUCAACAACAAUAUCCUUAAUUCAAUCUCUCCAAUUCGAACAAAAUGAAGGAACAGUUGAUAAGGAAACGAAGAAAAAAAAGAAAAUCAAAUCUCUUCGUCAAAAAGAACUUGAACGUUUAACAAAAUUAACAAAAACAAUAUUUACUUCUCCCGAACAAUUGAACACUGUAUGUGAACGUAUUAAUUCAUUAUUAUUAGGUCACAAAACAAGAUUACUUACUGUUUGCCGUUCACUAGAUAAACUACAUUCCGGUCGUUUACUAUAUGAACAAUUUCGACUUAUUAUCAAAGAUCAAUUACCUGAAAUGUCUAUAGAAGAUGUUUUUGUUCUUACAAAAUUAUUCGAAAUCGAAGAUUUAAUUGAUUAUCAAGCAAUACUAGAUGAAAAACUCGGUAAUGGUAUUUUACGAUACAUAACAAAAUUAUCUGUACCAAAAACAAAUAAUAUUAUUCUUGAAAAAAAGUCUUCAAAAGAAUUUCAGCAAAAAUUUAAUGAAUCUUUACAAUUAAAUCAAACUAGAUAUGUUACUAUUCAUCUUCGUUAUAUCACAUUCGAUUUCUACAAUGAAUACCCAGGUCAUAUACACAUUACUGUACCAGAUCAUACGAGUAUCUAUGCUCUAUCAAAAAUGAUUAUUGAUAAAACAGAUUUAGUCACACGAUCUGUUAGUAUAUGUCGUGAAAACAUUCGUUCACGUAAUACUCUUUUAGAUCCGAUGCGUUCACUUGAAAACUAUUCCUAUACAGGUACAUAUGUAGAUGGUACACAUAAUCAAUCAUUUCCAACUUAUACACUCUAUUAUGAUUAUUUACCAAUAGAUGUACACGGUGAUUGUCCAAUACUUAAGUGUGACUAUUAUAUGAAAUGA